AUAUGUACUAAUGAUUUAUAGGCAUGUUUUCUGAGAAAUCUGAGUUGUUCCAGAUAUUCUGGGUGGAUUAUAAUGUGUGCAUACGAACACGAAAUGACAUUUAGCCGGUUUUAACUCGAUAUAAAAAUAGAACCAUUCACAUGAAACAAAAAUGGACUACAACUCCCAAUAACCGCUCCGGGAACAUAGGCACGCCUUCCGUCGUGAGUUGCCAUGGUACCACAAAUAAACUGCGUGGGCUUGAACGACGUGGUUCCCUUGGUAACCCGUGUACACAGCUGGAUGACAACACACAAAAGUAAAGAAGCGAGCGAAAAGUAUUGAGUUUUAUUUAACGGGCAGGCAACACAGAGUAAAAUGUUAUAAACAAUAAGGAGCGUGGAAGUCGGCUGAUCACAGGUCCCCACAGGACGGCAUUCAUUGAGAAUGUCUGCGAUUGUCGCUCAGUCCCAUCACAUCUUUGGCAUCCGAGCAGGAGUUACGAAUAAUGUUUUCUACUUUGAUGAACAAACUAUUAUAUUCCCGUCUGGGAACAACUGCUUACGGUACAACAUUGACCAGAAAUGGCAGAAGUUUAUCCAAGGGUCAGAGAAAAGUCACGGGAUGCUCGCCCUGGCCAUUAGCCCUAACCGGCGUUACCUGGCGGUGUCUGAGAGGGGGGAGAAGGGCAGCAUCACCGUGUACAACCUGCAGCAGGAGCAGAGCAAGAAGAGGAAGGUGCUGACUGGGGGAGAGCUCCCGGUACAGGAGUUCCUCUGCAUGGCCUUCUCCCCCGAUUCCAAGUACCUGAUUGCCCAGGCCGGAGCGCCAGACUGGACCCUCUUCUACUGGGUGUGGGAGAAGCAGAAGGUGAUGGCAACCAUGAAGACCAGCAGCCAGAGCAACCCCAUCAGCCAGGUUAGCUUCAACCCUCAGGACAACACGCAGAUCUGCGUCACUGGUAACGGGGUGUUUAAACUGUUCCGCUACGCUGAUGGAAGCCUUAAACAGUCCAGCUUCCAGAAGUUGGAAGGCCAGAACAUCUUGUGCCACGCCUGGGUUUCAGAGGAGCGGGUUAUCGCUGGCACAGAGACCGCUAAACUCUUGGUGUUUGAGUCGGGAGACCUGCGCUGGGAGAUGAGUGUAGAGCCAAAGCCUGCCAGCCAAGAAGCAGAGCGGUUGUGCUCCAGCACAGAGCAGCAUGCCCGGAGCAUUUCUCAUGCCCGGGUCUCCGCUAUCGUCGCCUAUUCCAAAGGGUUUGCAUGCUCCGCUGGGCCAGGUGCAGUGUGUCUGUUCGAGAAGACAGAGGAAAAGGAUGUCUAUAGGAAAGCCAGGGAGAUCAGGAUUCCCCAGGACUUGCACAGUCACGAGCCGAGCCACGCGGAGCAGCAGCAGUUUGCAGCUCUUUGUAUCAGCCCCUCCGAGGAGACCCUGGUUGGCAGUACAGACCGUGGGCAGCUGUACAGCAUCACCCUCUCCUCCGUGGAGAUGAGCAGGGGGGAGCAGGCGAAGUUUGAGUUCCUGUCCUACUCCUUUCACUACGGCAUUAUCACUGGCCUGGACAUCUGUAUCCGCAAACCGCUGAUCGCCACCUGCUCGCUGGACCGAUCCGUACGCAUCUGGAACUAUGAGACCAGCUCUCUGGAGCUGUAUAAGGAGUUCCAGGAGGAGGCUUACAGCAUCACCCUCCACCCGUCCGGUCUCUUCAUACUCGUGGGGUUCACUGACAAGCUGCGACUCAUGAACCUGCUGAUUGAUGACAUCAGGACAUUCAGAGAGUUCACAGUGAGGGGCUGCCGGGAGUGUGCUUUCAGCAACGGGGGGCAUCUCUUUGCGGCAGUGAACGGAAAUAUCAUCCAUAUCUACUCUUCAACGAUGUUUGAAAACAUCCUCAACCUGAAGGGCCACAAUGGGAAGGUGCGUUCCAUUGUGUGGAGUCCUGAUGACAGCAGGCUGGUGUCCUGUGGGAUGGACGGGGCUGUCUACGAAUGGAACACCAUCACCAGCAAGAGGGAAUCGGAGAGCGUGCUGAAAUCAUGCAGCUACACCGGCAUCACCAUCUCGCCAGAUGCCAAAACUUUCUUUGCCGUUGGCUCUGACUGUACCCUGAAAGAGAUUACUGACUCCCAGAUCCUGCGUGAAGUUCACUCUGAUGAUGUUCCGUACACCACUAUAGUGAUGUCUCACUCGGGGAGAAUGAUUUUCACUGGCACAGCCAUGGGAACCAUCCGAGCUAUGAAAUACCCGCUGCCAAUACAGAAAGAGUGGAAUGAGUAUCAGGGCCAUGCUUCUCCUAUUACGAAGAUGGCCAUCACACACGAUGACCAGUUCCUGCUCACUGUGUGCGAGCAUGGAUGCCUGUAUAUCUGGAGGAUAAUCGAUAAGGAAGGGCGGGGCCUGAAACGUGAGAAGGAGGUCGUCUAUGCGGAGGAGAUUCUCAUCACCAAAUCAGACCUCGAGGAAAAGAACCAGGUCAUGACAGAACUGAAGACCAGGGUUGAAGAGCUGAAAAUGGAGAAUGAGUACCAGCUCAGGCUAAAGGACAUGAACUACAACGAGAAAAUCAAAGAGCUGACGGAGAAAUUCAUCCAGGAAAUGGAGUCGCUGAAAACCAAGAACCAGGUUCUCAAAACAGAGAAGGACAAACAGGAGCUGAAUCAUGAAAAGGAGAUAGCCGACGUAGUGGAGAGACACUCCAAAGAGCAGCAGGACCUGGAAUCUGCCAACAACCAGAAGCUGAUGCUGGAGUAUGAGAAGUACCAGGAGCUGCAGAUGAAGUCCCAGCGAAUGCAGGAGGAGUAUGAGAAGCAGCUGCACGAGAUGGAGGAGAACAGGACCCUGGCGCUGGAGGAGCUGACCGAGUAUUACGAGGCCAAGCUGCAGGAUAAACUGGUCCUGCUAGACCAGUGUCAGGAUGAGUCUCGGCAGCAGGUUCGAGAGUUUGAUGAGUCCAAGAAGCAGAUGGAGGAGGACGGGGACCGCGAGAUCCAGGACAUCAGGAUUAAAUAUGAGUGGCAGCUGAGAGACGAGAAAGAGACCAGCCUCCGACUGAAGGGGGAGACGGGCCUCAUGAGGAAAAAGUUCAGCAGCCUGCAGAGGGAGAUUGAUGAACGGAUGUCAGAAAUCGAGAGGAUGAAGGCAGAGCAUAAUAAACUGCAGUCAGUCAUCAAGUCCCUGGAGAAAGACAUUGUGGGGCUGAAGAAAGAGAUCCAGGAGAGAGACGAGACGAUCCAGGACAAGGAGAAACGCAUAUAUGACCUGAAGAAGAAAAACCAAGAGCUGGAGAAGUUUAAGUUUGUGCUGGAUUAUAAAAUCAAAGAACUGAAGAAGCAGAUUGAACCCAGGGAGAAUGACAUUAAAGAAAUGAAAGAACAGAUUCAGGAGAUGGAGGCGGAAUUAGAGCGUUUCCUCAAACUAAACACACAGCUGGAGCUGAAUGUCACCGAACUGAAGCAGAAGCUGAAAGCCACAGACACGGAGAUGCACAAGGAGAUGUCCAGGGUGCGAAACGGGGAGGCGCUAGUGAAGAGGUUCAAGACAGAUCUGCACACCUGUGUGAGGUUCAUUCAGGAGCCCAAGAAACUGAAGGACUGCAUCCGAGAUCUCUACGAAAGAUACGUCCAGCAGUCAGAUGUGGUGGAGAUUGUGGGAGUCGAUGCAGAUAUCCAGAAAGAGUAUGCACGCCAGAGAGAGCACCUGGAGAGAACCGUCGCCUCGCUGCAGAAAAAACUGACCAAGGACACAGAGAUUCACAGGGCUGACAACAUCAGAAUCAUGCAGGAAAACGUCACGCUAAUUAGAGAAAUCAAUGAGCUGAGGCGGGAGCUGAAGGUGACUCGAACACACCUUCACGAUCUCGAGGCAGAAAACCGACUCAACAGAAAGAAAGGGAAGCAGGGCUCCACAGAACUCAGAGUGUGCUCUACUGAUGAUCGCACAGUGACCAGGCUGAACUUUGAGGAGGAGGCGGAGAAGAUCAUUGAGCUGCAGCGGCUGGAGAUCCAGCGUCUCCGAGAUCAGACCCACGCCCAGGAGCAGAGCUACACCAUGCGGCCCCUGUCUGGAGGCAAACUCCCUGCGCUCACAGCCUGAGCUGCAGAGCUCAACACCACAACAUACAGAUAAACACACACCCUGUACUCACAAGCAGUGCUAAACUCCCUGCACACACAGCCUGAGCUGCUGAGCUCAACACCACAACAUACAGAUAAACACACACCCUGUACUCACAAACAGUGCUAAACUCCCUGCUCUCACAGCCUGAGCUGCUGAGCUCAACACCACAACAUACAGAUAAACACACACCCUGUACUCACAAGCACUGCUAAACUCCCUGCACACACAGCCUGAGCUGCUGAGCUCAACACCACAACAUACAGAUAAACACACACCCUGUACUCACAAGCACUGCUAAACUCCCUGCACACACAGCCUGAGCUGCAGAGCUCAACACCACAACAUACAGAUAAACACACACCCUGUACUCACAAGCACUGCUGAAAAAUAUAUUCUUUAGAUUUGUUGUCUUUUUUUAUGAUUUACAAGAGAUUUGUUUAGUUUUUUCGCCCAUGUUAAUCAAGGUAAUUGUGAUAAUGCUGUAGAUCUGAAGAGUGUGUAUGUUACAGUCAUGCUGUAUGUUACAGUCAUGCUGUUAAACCAGGCAUUUGACCAAAUCACUACUGCUUUCAGGCAGUUGGACAAAUGACUGCAUGCAGUUUUGUAGUCAUUUGGUCAAAAUGUACAAGCAACUGGAAUCAACAACAAACAGAUCAAACAAGAACAUGUUGAAGUUACAUCAAUAAGCAACGUCAACCGAGACCUGAAUUAAAACCAGUCAUUUUGAUUUAAUAGAGGCCCUAGUAUGUUUUUGAUUAGAUUUUAAAUCUGCUGUAAGUAUGACAAUGACAUUUGCGAAUUAAGUUUAAUUAGCAGGGAUGAUUCUCUCCUUCUGCGAUGCUUUAGUUUCACCACUAGAGGGGGCCAGUAGUGCACACUCGCCACACCAUGUACUGUAUGCUGGUAAACAGCAAGAAAUUACUAUCUAUUUCUUAGCAGACGCCCUUACCCAGGGUGAAAUGCAAAUAAAAUAUGAAAGUUGAGUGGGCCACAGGCCAGCAGGGCUGUUUAUUAAAGCAGGGUUCACUGUUAUAAUCAUGCAAAUACCAGGGCAUGGGUUAUUGACUUGUUUACAAGCAUGAGGAAACAUUAUAGUUCUAUUCUCACACAGUUUAUUGAUCUUUGAACUAAGAAUAUUGGUAGGGUGUAAAACAUUUAACAGGAAAUUGGCAUGGAGAAGCUGAAGCUCCCGAGGAAUGAAGGGGGUUGCUGCCUGUGCUCUGGGUGUUAAUGAAGUUUGCGAAAUGGAAGUAACGUUGGCUGGACCUGGGUUGUUUGUAAUGACAGUGUCGGUAUAGAGAUUGUGCUUACAGAUGAUUUAAAAAGGUAUUCAGUCAGUAAAAUGCUCAUUAGCUACAAUCACUUUGCAUUGAACCAAGUGGUAUCGAACCCACUGAAAAACUAAUUGUGGUGAAUUUCCCCAAGAUAAAUCGUUACCGUUCAUAACAUGCAAUUACACUGGCUCGACUAUUCGAAGAAGUCAGUAAUCUGAGGCAGUUCAGUUGUACUGUGUGCAAUCUGAGCUGCAGGAGUUGUAUAAUACUGUAGCGUUGCAUGGAAAUGAAGGCAGGCUCACACGGGUAUUUCAGGUUCUUCAAUGCAGUGGUUUUUUAAGCCGGGACAGGUAAAGCUAGUGGUACAACCACAGCUGAGCAGCAUCGUGCUCCUCAAACUGUGACAAAAUAAUCAAAGAAAAGAAAAGAAAGUCCAGAGCACACUGUUUCGAAAGUCCAGAGCACACUGUUUCGAAAGUCCAGAGCACACUGUUUUGAAAGUCCAGAGUACACUGUUUCGAAAGUCCAGAGCACACUGUUUCUCUCCAAUCUUACUCUGUUCUUCAGCUCUCUCUUUCGUCUCAGCACCAGCUCUCUUUAGUCUUGGCAGCACCUGUUCCUCUCAGCAGCCCGCUACUUACCGCCCCCCACCGUCCAGUCCUGUCCCGUCCUGUCCAGGCCACGCAUGGCUCCCCACUCACAAUCCCUUGAUUGUUGCAACAUCUUGUCCACUGAUUUGUGACAACAAUGUUGCAAUGGGUCCCGCUCCCACGGCAAGCCGAGCGUCUGAUUCGUCCAUCUCUGAGGUCCCUGAACACCUGCUGCAAUUGAACCUUUGACUCUAGGUCACAGAACCUUCCUGAACGCGAUUACAGCAGACCCAGGGCCAUUACACUAUAUUGAAUUUAAAUGUGAAAAUCAGUUUGUAAUGACUGCUCUUUUACAGUUUCUGUUUAUGAAAAAUACACAGUUUCCAAUGAAGUGAAGUAAAAAUACAGUAGCAGUUCUGUCUGAGAAAGACAUUGUCUUUGUUUCGUGUUUUUGCAGUUUAUUAUUAGUCUGUCAAACGAGUAAGCCAUGCAACCACAACAUAUUAAAAGUGAAUACUGCAUAAAAACAUAGGAACAGCUAUAUAAAUAGCUUAUACAGUGUAUGCAGAAUUUCAAUGACAUAAGGAACAUCAGUUUCCUCUUUCAGCUGGUACAAAAACAGACGAUUACAUACCCAGUAUCACAGGA